GGUGACGACUGGGACAUGCAGGACGCAGAUGUUGUUUGUCGGCAGCUCGGCUGUGGCCUUGCAGUGUCGGCACCAGGCAGGGCCCACUUUGACACCACCUGGUUCACCACCACUGCAGCCUCGAACACAGAAAUCGGGACUGAUUCAGGUUUGGCCCUGAGGCUGGUGAACGGAGGUGACCGUUGUCAGGGCCGCGUGGAGGUCCUGUACCGAGGCUCUUGGGGUACCGUGUGUGACGACAGCUGGGACACCAGUGACGCCAACGUGGUGUGCAGGCAGCUGGGCUGUGGCUGGGCCACGUCGGCCCCCGGAAGUGCCCGCUUUGGUCAAGGCUCAGGGCCGAUUGUGCUGGACGACGUGCGCUGCUCUGGGCAUGAGGCCUACCUGUGGAGCUGCCCUCACAACGGCUGGAACUCGCACAACUGUGGCCACGGAGAAGAUGCUGGUGUCAUCUGCUCAGCUGCUUGGCCUCAGUCCACACUCCAGCCAGACACCACCUGGUUCACCACCACUGCAGCCUCGAACACAGAAAUCGGGACUGAUUCAGGUUUGGCCCUGAGGCUGGUGAACGGAGGUGACCGUUGUCAGGGCCGCGUGGAGGUCCUGUACCGAGGCUCUUGGGGUACCGUGUGUGACGACAGCUGGGACACCAGUGACGCCAACGUGGUGUGCAGGCAGCUGGGCUGUGGCUGGGCCACGUCGGCCCCCGGAAGUGCCCGCUUUGGUCAAGGCUCAGGGCCGAUUGUGCUGGACGACGUGCGCUGCUCUGGGCAUGAGGCCUACCUGUGGAGCUGCCCUCACAACGGCUGGAACUCGCACAACUGUGGCCACGGAGAAGAUGCUGGUGUCAUCUGCUCAGCUGCUUGGCCUCAGUCCACACUCCAGCCAGACACCACCUGGUUCACCACCACUGCAGCCUCGAACACAGAAAUCGGGACUGAUUCAGGUUUGGCCCUGAGGCUGGUGAACGGAGGUGACCGUUGUCAGGGCCGCGUGGAGGUCCUGUACCGAGGCUCUUGGGGUACCGUGUGUGACGACAGCUGGGACACCAGUGACGCCAACGUGGUGUGCAGGCAGCUGGGCUGUGGCUGGGCCACGUCGGCCCCCGGAAGUGCCCGCUUUGGUCAAGGCUCAGGGCCGAUUGUGCUGGACGACGUGCGCUGCUCUGGGCAUGAGGCCUACCUGUGGAGCUGCCCUCACAACGGCUGGAACUCGCACAACUGUGGCCACGGAGAAGAUGCUGGUGUCAUCUGCUCAGCUGCUUGGCCUCAGUCCACACUCCAGCCAGACACCACCUGGUUCACCACCACUGCAGCCUCGAACACAGAAAUCGGGACUGAUUCAGGUUUGGCCCUGAGGCUGGUGAACGGAGGUGACCGUUGUCAGGGCCGCGUGGAGGUCCUGUACCGAGGCUCUUGGGGUACCGUGUGUGACGACAGCUGGGACACCAGUGACGCCAACGUGGUGUGCAGGCAGCUGGGCUGUGGCUGGGCCACGUCGGCCCCCGGAAGUGCCCGCUUUGGUCAAGGCUCAGGGCCGAUUGUGCUGGACGACGUGCGCUGCUCUGGGCAUGAGGCCUACCUGUGGAGCUGCCCUCACAACGGCUGGAACUCGCACAACUGUGGCCACGGAGAAGAUGCUGGUGUCAUCUGCUCAGCUGCUUGGCCUCAGUCCACACUCCAGCCAGACACCACCUGGUUCACCACCACUGCAGCCUCGAACACAGAAAUCGGGACUGAUUCAGGUUUGGCCCUGAGGCUGGUGAACGGAGGUGACCGUUGUCAGGGCCGCGUGGAGGUCCUGUACCGAGGCUCUUGGGGUACCGUGUGUGACGACAGCUGGGACACCAGUGACGCCAACGUGGUGUGCAGGCAGCUGGGCUGUGGCUGGGCCACGUCGGCCCCCGGAAGUGCCCGCUUUGGUCAAGGCUCAGGGCCGAUUGUGCUGGACGACGUGCGCUGCUCUGGGCAUGAGGCCUACCUGUGGAGCUGCCCUCACAACGGCUGGAACUCGCACAACUGUGGCCACGGAGAAGAUGCUGGUGUCAUCUGCUCAGCUGCUUGGCCUCAGUCCACACUCCAGCCAGACACCACCUGGUUCACCACCACUGCAGCCUCGAACACAGAAAUCGGGACUGAUUCAGGUUUGGCCCUGAGGCUGGUGAACGGAGGUGACCGUUGUCAGGGCCGCGUGGAGGUCCUGUACCGAGGCUCUUGGGGUACCGUGUGUGACGACAGCUGGGACACCAGUGACGCCAACGUGGUGUGCAGGCAGCUGGGCUGUGGCUGGGCCACGUCGGCCCCCGGAAGUGCCCGCUUUGGUCAAGGCUCAGGGCCGAUUGUGCUGGACGACGUGCGCUGCUCUGGGCAUGAGGCCUACCUGUGGAGCUGCCCUCACAACGGCUGGAACUCGCACAACUGUGGCCACGGAGAAGAUGCUGGUGUCAUCUGCUCAGCUGCUUGGCCUCAGUCCACACUCCAGCCAGACACCACCUGGUUCACCACCACUGCAGCCUCGAACACAGAAAUCGGGACUGAUUCAGGUUUGGCCCUGAGGCUGGUGAACGGAGGUGACCGUUGUCAGGGCCGCGUGGAGGUCCUGUACCGAGGCUCUUGGGGUACCGUGUGUGACGACAGCUGGGACACCAGUGACGCCAACGUGGUGUGCAGGCAGCUGGGCUGUGGCUGGGCCACGUCGGCCCCCGGAAGUGCCCGCUUUGGUCAAGGCUCAGGGCCGAUUGUGCUGGACGACGUGCGCUGCUCUGGGCAUGAGGCCUACCUGUGGAGCUGCCCUCACAACGGCUGGAACUCGCACAACUGUGGCCACGGAGAAGAUGCUGGUGUCAUCUGCUCAGCUGCUUGGCCUCAGUCCACACUCCAGCCAGACACCACGUGGUUCAACACCACCGCAGCUUCAACCACAGGUUUCGGGACUGAUUCAGGAUUGGCCCUGAGGCUGGUGAACGGAGGUGACCGUUGUCAGGGUCGUGUGGAAGUCCUGUAUCGAGGCUCCUGGGGCACCGUGUGUGAUGACGACUGGGACACCAAUGAUGCCAAUGUGGUCUGUAGGCAGCUUGAGUGUGGCUGGGCCAUAUCAGCCCCCGGAAGUGCCCGGUUUGGUCAAGGCUCAGGGCCAAUUGUCCUAGACAAUGUGCGCUGCUCUGGGCAUGAGGCCUACCUGUGGCGCUGCCCUCACAACGGCUGGAACUCACACAACUGUGGCCACGGAGAAGAUGCUGGUGUCAUCUGCUCAGCUGCUCGGCCUCAGUCCACAAUCCAGCCCGACACCACCUGGUUCACGACCACCACAGCUUCAACCACAGAAUUCGGGACUGAUUCAGGUUUGGCCCUGAGGCUGGUGAACGGAGGUGACCGUUGUCAGGGCCGCGUGGAGGUCCUGUACCGAGGCUCUUGGGGUACCGUGUGUGACGACAGCUGGGACACCAAUGACGCCAACGUGGUGUGCAGGCAGCUGGGCUGCGGCUGGGCCACGUCGGCCCCCGGAAGUGCCCGCUUUGGGCAAGGCUCAGGGCCGAUUGUGCUGGACGACGUGCGCUGCUCUGGGCAUGAGGCCUACCUGUGGAGCUGCCCUCACAACGGCUGGAACUCGCACAACUGUGGCCACGGAGAAGAUGCUGGUGUCGUCUGCACAGGUGGACAAAGCACUACGACCACCCCGGCUGCUUGGCCUCAGUCCACAACCCAGCCAGACACCACCUGGUUCACGACCACCACAGCUUCAACCACAGAAUUCGGGACUGAUUCAGGAUUGGCCCUGAGGCUGGUGAACGGAGGUGACCGUUGUCAGGGUCGUGUGGAAGUCCUGUAUCGAGGCUCCUGGGGCACCGUGUGUGAUGACGACUGGGACACCAAUGAUGCCAAUGUGGUCUGUAGGCAGCUUGAGUGUGGCUGGGCCAUAUCAGCCCCCGGAAGUGCCCGGUUUGGUCAAGGCUCAGGGCCAAUUGUCCUAGACAAUGUGCGCUGCUCUGGGCAUGAGGCCUACCUGUGGCGCUGCCCUCACAACGGCUGGAACUCACACAACUGUGGCCACGGAGAAGAUGCUGGUGUCAUCUGCUCAGCUGCUCGGCCUCAGUCCACAAUCCAGCCCGACACCACCUGGUUCACGACCACCACAGCUUCAACCACAGAAUUCGGGACUGAUUCAGGAUUGGCCCUGAGGCUGGUGAACGGAGGUGACCGUUGUCAGGGUCGUGUGGAAGUCCUGUAUCGAGGCUCCUGGGGCACCGUGUGUGAUGACGACUGGGACACCAAUGAUGCCAAUGUGGUCUGUAGGCAGCUUGAGUGUGGCUGGGCCAUAUCAGCCCCCGGAAGUGCCCGGUUUGGUCAAGGCUCAGGGCCAAUUGUCCUAGACAAUGUGCGCUGCUCUGGGCAUGAGGCCUACCUGUGGCGCUGCCCUCACAACGGCUGGAACUCACACAACUGUGGCCACGGAGAAGAUGCUGGUGUCAUCUGCUCAGCUGCUCGGCCUCAGUCCACAAUCCAGCCCGACACCACCUGGUUCACGACCACCACAGCUUCAACCACAGAAUUCGGGACUGAUUCAGGUUUGGCCCUGAGGCUGGUGAACGGAGGUGACCGUUGUCAGGGCCGCGUGGAGGUCCUGUACCGAGGCUCUUGGGGUACCGUGUGUGACGACAGCUGGGACACCAAUGACGCCAACGUGGUGUGCAGGCAGCUGGGCUGCGGCUGGGCCACGUCGGCCCCCGGAAGUGCCCGCUUUGGGCAAGGCUCAGGGCCGAUUGUGCUGGACGACGUGCGCUGCUCUGGGCAUGAGGCCUACCUGUGGAGCUGCCCUCACAACGGCUGGAACUCGCACAACUGUGGCCACGGAGAAGAUGCUGGUGUCGUCUGCACAGGUGGACAAAGCACUACGACCACCCCGGGAAGCCCACCAAUAAUGCACGCAAAUUAUUCCUGCGGAGGCUUCCUGACCCAGCCAUCUGGGUACUUUUCCAGCCCGUUCUAUCCAGGGAACUAUCCAAACAACGCCAAUUGUCUGUGGGACAUUGAAGUCCAAAACAACUACCGUAUCACAGUUGUCUUCAGAGAUGUCCAGCUUGAAGGGGGCUGCAGUUAUGACUAUAUUGAGGUGUUCGACGGCCCCUCCCACAGUUCCCCUCUGAUCGCCCGGAUUUGUAAUGGAUCCAUGGGUCCCCUCACUUCCUCAUCGAACUUCAUGUCCAUCCGCUUUGUCAGCGAUGGCAGCGUCACGAGGAGGGGCUUCCAGGCCAACUACUACUCCAGCCUUUCUGAAGAUAACACCAAGUUGCUUUGUCUGCCAAACCACAUGCAAGCCAGUGUGAGGAGGAGCUACCUCCAGUCCCUGGGCUAUUCUGCCAUGGACCUUGUCAUUUCCACCCGGAAUGAAAGCUCCCAGUGUCAGCCCCAGAUAACGGCCAGCCAGGUGUUGUUCACAAUUCCAUAUUCCGGCUGCGGCACCACCGAGCAGGUAGAUAAUGAUACCAUCACCUAUUCCAACUUCCUCAAAGCAGCUGCUCCAAGUGCCAUCAUCAAGAGGAAGAAGGAUCUCCUCAUUCACAUCAGCUGCAAAAUGCUCCAGAACACCUGGGUUGACACCAUGUACAUCGCUAAUGACACCGUCAAUGUCAAUGAAGUGCAGUAUGGCAAUUUUGACGUGAACAUUUCCUUUUAUGCAUCAUCUUCAUUUUUAUACCCGGUGACCAGCAGCCCCUACUACGUGGACCUGAACCAGAACUUGUACCUUCAGGCCGAGAUCAUCAAUUCUGAUACCUCCCUGUCCUUGUUUGUGGAUACCUGUGUGGCGUCCCCGUAUUCCAAUGACUUUACAUCUUUGACUUAUGAUCUAAUCCGGAGUGGGUGCGCCAAGGACAGCACCUACCGCUCCUACCCCCAGCCCUCGCCUCGCAUCGCCCGCUUCCGGUUCAGCUCCUUCUUCUUCCUGAGGCGCUUCCCCUCCGUGUACCUGCGCUGCAAGAUGGUGGUGUGCAGGGUCAACGACUACUCCUCCCGCUGCCGCAGGGGGUGCACCGUCAGGGCCAAGAGGGACGUGGGCUCCCACCAGGAGGUGGACGUCGUCCUGGGACCCAUCCUGAAGCGGGACCCGCGCACUGAGAAGAGGGACCUGGCGACGAGCCAGCCCUCCCGCCCUUAGGCCCCAGAGUGGCAGGGACCCGGGAUGUUUCUGUGGGCGUCGCGUCCCCCCUCCGAUUGGACGUCCCCACGUGCCAGGCCUGCUGGGCCCCACAGGGCGACAUGGAGUCCGCUAGAUCGCUCCCCGCCUUCUUCCGGGGGUCCUGGUCUAUGGGGGACCACGUGCGGUGCUUGGCCAAGAGAGUUCUGAUCUGCGACACGGACACACUUGCCACCUUUAUCCUCUGGCUCCUGAAGUCCCCGCACCUCACGCUCAUUUUCUGUGGAACAAAGUCGUGACUAUCUACCGGUUAGGACUGUUGGGGGAAUGCAAUAAAAUAACGUUAGUUAAACUGCC